AUGUGUCGUUGGAGUUAUCUGUGCAUGAUGGCUCUGUUUAUCGUUAUGUCAGACGAAGAGGAGACUGCUUCCAUCAACCCACAGAUAAGCACAUCUUCGAUAACGAAGAAGCCAAUAGUUUACCGCUCCCGAUAUCCUUAUGUUGUCUCUAUUGGUGAGAACGUUAAAGGAUACUACAAGCACCUCUGUGUGGGUGUGAUAAUUUCGGAAGAGUUUGUGCUCAGUGCUGCCCACUGCAUCAAAACGAAAAAGAACCCCCCGACAAGAAUGUAUGUUGCUGGUGGUGCCGAUAUGCUCAAUAGCCGGAAGCAGAUUCGCUUUUUCGUAGUCGAAGUUAGGUGGCAUCCCAAGUUUAAGAUGCUCGGUGGUCACGACAUUGGGCUGUUGAGGGUCUACCCGAAAUUCCAGCUGGACGACAUCCGAUUCCGGAGUAUUAGCUACAAAGACAAGCCGCAAAAGGAUAGUGGCGUGAGGACUACUCUAGUUGGCUGGGGACGAGUAAAGACCAGCAAGAAAGUUAAGAUUCAGGAGUUGCCUUUCAAGACGAUCGAAAAUGAUAUGUGUAUGAAGAAGCAUCGAUUCGUGUUUCUCACUAGAACGGACAUUUGUGCAAUACACCUGAGAGGACCUAAAGGCCCCUGCGACGGAGACUCAGGAGCCCCGUUGGUGAGAUGUAAAAAGAACCUCUAUGGUUUACUUUCAUACGGAAGAAAAGCGUGCACACCAUUGAAGCCCUAUGCUUUCACCCGUGUUAGCGUAUACUCGACUUGGAUAAAGAAAACUAUGGAUCAAAUGAAAGUGCAUAUCAUUAAGGUUAAUCGAACUGUAUGGAGAGACUGGAAAAACAACGCUCUUUGAAAUUGUAAAUAAAAUAGAGUCUCCUAAAAUAAA